AUGACCGAACGUUCUAUCCAUUGUACAUUUCAUCAUGUUUCACCUGACCUUGUUCGAAUCAUCUCUUCGUCCCUAUCGAUCCAAUCAUUAUCAAAAAGUAAAGAUAAUCAAUAUACUUACACAUGUUCAUUGUCAUCUGCUCGUCACAUUCGUUCGAUUCUUGCUGAUUCCCUCGGUGAAUAUCCUCAAAUUUGGUUUUCGAUCGAUCAUACCAAUCGAUCAACAUCGAAUCUUUUCAAAACUUCUCAAUCUGUCGAUCAGCUCUAUUUUGGUUCUUUGCUUUCAACCGAAAAGUUUCUCAUCCACUCCACUCCUCUCGAUCGCCGAACUCCAUGGACGAUUCGAAUUGAUCCCAAACAAACACUUGUCCUUCAAUCUUCUGAUGAACAACUAUCGAUUCCUAUGAAAUUCCUUCAAAAAGAUGUUCUCGUUAUUGACAGCGAAGACUUUUCCGAAAUGAUUUUCAGUUACAAUUCCAUCUCCAUCGAUCGUCCAGCCAAACUCUAUGGUAAUCAUCCAUUGAUUCGAUCGUUAAAUCAAUGCAGUGAUUUCUUAAUUUGCUUAUCACCGAAAUCCCAGGUUGACGCAUUUCUCGAUAAUCUUCAACUAAACUAUCACUUUCGAAUCUUUUAUACGACCCUUACCGUUCAGGUGAACAUUUCUCAAUGGUCCAUGCAUUAUUUCGAUGAUUACCGAACCGAUUACUCUCGUUAUGCUCUCUCAAUGUUACAUUCAUUAGGAUACGUUUUCGAUGAUAAAUAUUUAAAUAGUAAAACUCUGCAAAACCAAAUGAAACAACUCGCUGAAAAGGAUGAACAACAGUUCUAUCAAAUCGCUUUGAAAGUCUAUUAUGAAUUGAAGAAAUGUCAUUGGUUAGACUUAACAAAACUAUUUCAACAGACUUCGGUGAAGAUCUCUUCCAAUGACGACAAAGCUCUCUAUGUAUCUGUCGUUCAUCUUACUCCGACACGUUUAUUGAUCAUGCCGAAAGAGAAAAGCAAAGGUCAUCGUAUCAUACGUCAUCCGCACUUUCAAGGUAUCGAUGAAUUCUGUCUUGUUUAUAUCAAACCUGAUCCUCCGAAUAUCUACUUGAAUGAUAAUUAUCAACUGAUUGAAUAUUUUCAAGAUUUAUUUGAACAAGGUAUCGAUUUAAAUGGAGUCAAAUAUCAUUUAUUCGGUUCGUCGAAUUCGCAAUUGAAAGAACAUUCAUUUUGGUUUAUCAAAGCAUCGUCAUUGGAUGAAAUCCAUCGAAAACGACAAGUUCUUGGACAGUUAGACCAAAUCAGAAACUUAGGCACAUAUGUUGCUCGUUUAGGUUUAUGGUUUAGUAAAACCGAUCCGACCAAUAUUCAACUUACGUAUUGUUCGAAUGAAAGUGAAUUUCAUCGUCGAAUUCGACAACGGGAGGUUUGUGUGAUGAUGAUUGAGGAUAUCGAAAGGAAUAAUUAUUGUUUUACUGAUGGAUGCGGUUUGGUUUCGAAAGGUUUAGCUAAAUUAAUAUCAGAAAGACAGGAGAAAUUAGAUUGUGUUCCGUCGGCUUAUCAAAUUCGAAUGGCAGGAUGCAAAGGAUUGAUUAUUAUCGAUCCACAAUCGACCUACGAACAGUUUCACAUCAAAAUCCGACCAUCAAUGAAGAAAUUCGAAUGUGAUCAUUGGUUUUUAGAUAUUUGUGGGCAUAGUCGAGCAACACCGAGUAGAUUGAACAAUCAGUUUAUCUGGUUAUUAUCAGAUCUUGGUGUACCGGAUAAAACAUUUUUUCAAUUACAACAGCGUUGGUUCAGUAAAAAACCAUCAUCUUCGAACUAUUCUGAUGAUCUAUUGAAAAACAAAAUUCCACUGCCGGUUAAUGAGUGUCGAUAUAUUUAUGGUUGUGCGUUGGAGUCACAAUUACAAGAAGGACAGUGUUUUCUUCGGUAUGAAGUUUUGAAUAACUAUGGAAAAUCAUUUACGAAUAGGAAAUUUGAAUGCGUCCGAGGAAGAAUUAUCGUCACGAAAAAUCCCUGUCCAUAUGCCGGUGAUAUGUUAGAACUAUGGGCUGUUGAUCUACCGGAGUUAUAUCAUUUGAAUGAUGUUAUUGUGUUUUCUGUUCGUGGAGAACGACCGGAUUUCAAUAAAAUUGCUGGAUCAGAUCUUGAUGGUGAUGGCUACUUUGUUUAUUGGGGAGAAGAAUUACGUCUCAACCAUCAAGUCUCUCCAUUGGAUUACACACCUGAUGAGAAACAAUAUCAAUCAAGUCCGAUUUGUCCAAACGAUGUUAUUCGAUACUGUUUAUCGACAUUGAACGCGACGAAUUCAGGCGAAAUUUACAAUUUACAUGCAGUGAUUGUUGAUAAGAAUUAUGAAAAUUGUGCGCGACGAACAUGUCAACCUUUGGCGAUUGAAUUAGCUCGAAUGUUUUCAUCUUCUGUUGAUUCGGGCAAAACGGGUUAUGUUGUUGAUAAAAAACGUAUUCAACAACUUCGAGCAACUUAUGCAAAGAAGUAUCCCGAUUUCUUAGGCAAAGAUAAGAAAAGAUCCUAUGAAUCAACGUCAAUUGUUGGCAAACUUUAUCAAAAUGCAUUGAAAUACAUCAAUGGAAAAACGAAUGAAUUAGAAAAUAUUUUUGCUCAAUUGAAUCUUAAUAAGACUCAAGAUGAGGUGAAGAUCACAACUGAUCAACCAGCUCGAACAUCAUCGAAAACGUCAGCUCACCUACAUCCCGGUUCACCAUUAUCUCCCAUACAGAAUUUUGACUUAACUACUAACGAUGAUUCUAAUCUGUCAAUCAAUGAAAUUCCUCCUCAAUUCAUUCUAAUUGAUGGUAUGGCAUCCUCUUCAUCUCCUAUUCGAUUGUCAUCUUCACCUAAACCAUUCUAUGUUGAACAUGGUGAUCUCGUUCGUUUUCGUAUUGAACUUCCAUUGUUUUCAUCUUCACCUUCCUUAUCGUCACUGUUUAUCAAUCAACUCUCAUCUCUUCAACCAACCAUCAAUCCUAAUCAGUUCUCGACAUUUGUCAUCUCGUUUGGAUAUAUUUAUCUAUUGAAAUAUCCUGAACAACGAUUUGCAUCAUCAGAUUAUCCGAAAACAUUAGAUUGUUUAUUAAAUCAACAUUUUUUACCUUCAUUAUCGACUACAUUCUUACCUUCGACGAUUCUCGAACGAAUCGAAAUCACCGAAGACAAUUCUCAUUGUUUACAACAAGUUUUCUACAAACCAAAUCAUCGAAUUAAACGUGAAUUCAUCGAAUUGAUAUCGGAUAGUCUCUACUUGAUUUUUCCUUGGUUUAAAAUGAAAUUCAUCGAACAUCAACGUGAGAUUAUCUUGAUUUGCUUCAAUCUCGACUCGCAACAAGAAAUCUUUGUACAUUUCGAUAAGAGUGGCCGAAUUAAAUCAAUUGAAAUUUUACCGAAAUUAUUCUUCAAAUGUUUUCAUCAACAAACUUCAUCCCAUCGUCUUGAUAUUCUCUAUGAAUUUCGCUCCUAUUCAACAAUUCCUCCUCAAAAUUAUUCCUCAAUAUUCAAACAUCAAACGCUACUCGAUCCAACUCAACCAUUAACACUUCCUUUCGAGAAAGGCAUCAUUCCAAUUAUCUCCUAUAGUCGAAUCAACAAUAGUUUCCAAUCGGAUAAUAUCCAAGUGCAUAUCCAACGGAUUUACUCCCCAAUUCAUUAUAAAAAUGAUGAUUUUUAUAAACUGAGAUGUGUGUUGGGGUAUCUCGAACAAGAACAACAACGAUCUAUUGAAUUGCGUGUCGAAAUGAGCCGAAAAGAAGAUUUCAAUCGAGAUAAAUUACGAUAUAUAAUGUCCUUAGCUGUCGAACUUAGUCAAAUGUUAGAAUGA